GACAGGGUUGCCUGCAGUGCUGAGAGUGAGGGCCCUGGGGAGUGUUGUGAGGGAGUGUGUGUGUGUGAAGGUGUGUGUGUGUGUGUGUGUGUGUGUGAGUUUUCAUGGGCAGGGUUGCCUGCAGUGCUGAGAGUGAGGGCCCUGGGGAGUGUUGUGAGAGGCAGGGCUGCUCAGGAUCUCGGCCCCGUUCACCGAGCAGAGGCUGGGGCCGUGGUCACAAACUGCUCCUGCCGUGUCUCUCUCUCUGUUUCUGAUCAGCUGACUGCUGACUGCUGACUGCUGACUGCAGGGGCUGGGACGGUCAGCGGCUCCGUCUCCUCUGCCCUCCUCUCUCAGCCGGGGGGAGCGGGUCAGCUGUCGGCGGAGCCUGCAGCGCUCUGUGUGUGUGUGUGUGUGUCUGUCUGUGUGUGUGUCUGUCUGUGUGUGUGUGUGUCUGUGUGUGUGUGUGUCUGUCUGUGUGUGCUGGUCACGGUCAGGGCAGCCGCUACAUGCUGCCAGUUUACCAGCAGUGCCCAGUCCUGGGAGUGACUGAUCUGUGAGGCCGGGCGCGCAGGAAGCUGGAAGAGGAGCUGGCUGCAGGCAACGAUGUGACCUGAGGUGGACCACAGGUGGUCAAACUGAACACGAGGCUGUGGGAGGACCUGACAGGGAAUAAGGAGGGGAGUCGCAGGGUGAGUGUGCUACAGUACUCACGCCCAGGAUGGCCUCAAGUUUCAACGACAUAGUGAAACAGGGAUACGUGCGGAUGAGGAGCAGGAAGCUGGGGAUCUACCGAAGGUGUUGGCUUGUCUUCAAAAAGUCUUCCAGUAAAGGACCCCGCAGGCUGGAGAAGUACUCGGAUGAGAAAUCUGCCAACUUGAAAGCGAGCCCUAAGGUGACAGAGAUGAGCAGUGUGAAGACAGUAGUGCGUUUGCCAAAGGACACCAAGAAACAGGCUGUGACUCUCACCUUCACAGACAACAGCUCCCGCACGUUCACUUGCGACUCAGAGCUGGAUGCAGAGGAAUGGUUCAAGAUUCUCUCAAUGGAAUGCCUUGGGGCCAGAUUAAAUGACAUCAGUCUCGGAGAACCAGAUCUGCUGGCUGCCGGGGUCGUCUGUGAACAGAAAGAACGGUUCAACGUGUACCUGCUGCCCUGCCCCAGCCUAGACAUGUACGGCGAGUGUAUGAUGCAGAUCACCAGUGACAACAUCUACCUCUGGGACAUCCACAACACCCGCAACAAGCUGCUGUCCUGGCCCCUCACGUCCCUACGUAGAUACGGCCGUGACCCCACACGCUUCACCUUUGAGACCGGACGGCUGUGUGACACCGGUGAGGGGGUGUUCACUUUCCAGACCCGAGAGGGGGAGGAGAUUUACCAGCGGGUUCACACUGCCACUCUGUCCAUUGCCGAGCGACACAAACACAGCUUGAUGGAGGUGGAGAACAGCUUCAGACUCAGUGGUGCAAAGAGUCGCCGGGAAUGGACACCGACUCCUUGGGGCAAGAGACUUCUCUGCAACGGGACAGCUGACGGACUGCAACCGGAAGCAGGAGUCGAGGAGCAGGCAUCUGGCCCCGGGGAAGGCAUCGUGGACUCGGACCCACAGUCGAUCCCGGGCCCAGAAACUGAUCCGAAGCAAUGAGAAGGAGCUGGAACCAGAGGACGGGAAUGAGUGGGGUCCUGUGGCGUGGAGGGCACGGGUCUCACCUCGGAGCAUUCCGCAGCUGACUCGGCGAACCACCGCUGGUCCAGAUGUUUCAUCUGCCGGUACUCAAGGCCGGUGUGGAUAGUGUACCGGCGGCUGGGCUCGGUGGUGGACAGAAAUCCUCUCUCCUGUCCUGCGACGCUCCCCCACACAUGCCCCACUCGGGCCAGUCCAUCCUGCAGGAGGGUCGGCAGCCAAAGGAUGAAGCGCAUUUAUUCACCGCCUCACUCAGGACCGCUGACCCUGAUCCCAUUUCCUUUGCCUGACCUCAAUCGACCCUAAGCCCGAUUCCCUAAUGUUGGGCCUGACCCGUAACUCCCUGAUACUGACCACGGACCCGGAACUGAAUCUACUCUGACCGCAGAACAGGGACCCUGGGGCAACGACCAUCUGCACUGCAGCCCGGAGACAAGGAGUCACAUUCCGGAGGGGAGGAUCUGAUGACCACCCUCCAUCUUCAAUGCAACACUUACCACACGCUGGAGGAACUCAGCAGGUCGGGCAGCUCCAUCUGCAAUGUCGACCCGCUCCUCCUGAGUCCCUCCGAGUGGGACUCGGGGUCACUGCACCUGGGUACGGAUAGGAGGACUGAUGACAGCCCCCAUGUCGCCAUCCCUCCCAGGAAUGAUCUCCCAGCUCAGCUACUGCCCCAGCAGCCAGCACAGCCAAUAGAUACCUCAGCGACAUAGGGCAUUUCCCACAUCUAGGCCGAGGCAUAAGACGGCUGGAGACAGGAGAGUUGUGCGGUAACUGUCAUGUGCCUCCUCUAUCUGAAGCAGCCGCCCUGCAUCUCAACCCCUGUCGUCAUUAGAAGUAUGAGCACAAUCAGUGUCUACACUGUCCCCUGUAUGAGUUCCAUGUCCGCAGCUUAUCGAUAUUGUGCAAAAAUAAACCAGAUUUCUC